AUGGCAACGUUGGGACAUCUGAAGAGUGUUCUGAGGCAGCAGGCAGCAGCCCAUGGAUCAACCGCCACUCAGCCUUUAUCUGAUGCACAAUACAGCGCCGGCUUCAGUUUCUUCAAAGCGGGUCCUGCAUCUAAAGCAUACCAAGACUUCAUUCUACCUCAGCUAUCUCAGCUCCUCGAUUCAAUACUUCAUUCGAGUUUGUGUAUCUCUGUUCUAGAGAUUGGACCUGGAUCGAAGAGCGUGCUGGGAGACCUGCCCUGUGAUGUGAAGCGCAAGAUCAAACGGUACACCGCCUUUGAACCAAACGGCCUCUUUGCUUCGAGGUUGAAAGAAGAUCUUCUAUCGACUGAGAACGCUGUCUUUCAAUGUCUUGAGACGGACCCCGACAUCAGGCAGACUCCGUUCAAUCUGGACAACUCUCUGAAGAUCUUGAGCAACGACAAAUUCGAUGUUAUCCUGUUCUGUCACAGCAUGUACGGCAUGAGCCCAAAAUGCGAUUACAUCCGUGCAGCACUCAACCUCAUAGAUGAAUCAACAACUGGAGGCAUGGUCAUACUUUUCCACAGAGACGGCCCGUUGGACUUGAACGGGUUGGUACCUCAUCAAACCGCCUGUUUCCCGACCGGCACAGUCCGCGUAGAAGACUCCAACAACUCGCUCGACUCUUUCGCCUCAUUUAUCGCUGGCUUUGUACCCAAGUCCGCGAGCAUUUCACUAGGAUGGCAGAAUCAUUGCCGCACACUCGGCCGCCGUGACAAAGACCAUCUCGUCUUCGCUGCGUCCGAUGUCAUGAUGGCUUUCUCGCGACAUUCGACCGCGCUGCUAGAGUUGACCUCACGGCUGCCGACUGUCGAUGGGAAUAUGCCUGUCAAAAACCGGGAAGCUCGUAUCAACUGUCCGGCCUCGAUCAUCAGACCAGCACACAUUCAGCAAGUUCAGGAGUGUGUUCGAUGGGCUUUGGAGCACCAAAUGAGGUUGACAGUCGUGGGUGGUGGCCACAGCGGUCAUUGUCUCUGGCCUCAUGUCGUCGCCAUUGAUAUGAGCGCCUUCAAUCAGGUCCACGUUGUUGACGCAGGGGAAGCCGGAGGCCUGUUCAUAGCCGGUGCCGGUUGCAAGACGGGAGACAUCGUCCUCGAGACCAUGAAAAAGGGGCUGACUGUGCCUCUGGGAUCUCGGCCAAGUGUUGGAGCAGGCUUGUGGCUUCAAGGUGGCAUUGGGCACUUGGCUCGACUUCACGGACUCGCGUGCGAUGCCAUCAUCGGUGCCGUUCUUGUUAGCAUUGACUCUGGACAGAUUUCAUGCGUCGGCCGUGUUCCUGCAGGUCACCUGCCAGCCGAUGCCAUACGCCCAGAGAACGAAAAAGAAUUGCUGUGGGCGAUCAAGGGGGCAGGAACCAACUUUGGCAUCGUCGUCAACGUUGUCUUUGCAGGACAGCCAGCUCCAACGUUCUUGAUUAGGAACUGGGUCAUACCGCUGCGUGACGACGACGAGGCGCAAGGCAAGGUUGCUGAAUUCGACCAUGACAUUGCUAGUCAACUUUCUCGACACAGUUCUGCCGACGCGUUUCUAUACUGGGACACUGGGAAACUCCAUCUCGGCGUGACCAUGUACGAAGCCUCAACUGCUGGUAGAUUGGCUGAAACUCCCACGCCUAUUUCCACGCCCAUGGCCACGAUUCUGGGCCCGGAGUACAGCACCAAGAUCGUGGACAGCAUCGGUCUCUUCGAAACUGAGAUGUACAUGUCAGCAAUGCACGGUGGCCACGCUGGAGGCAAGACAUCUGCUUUCAAGCGCUGCGUAUACCUCAAGGAUAUCGGAAGGGUCGACGUUGCAAACGCAUUGAUCUCAGCCGUCCAAACCCGCCCCUCUGCGCUAAGUUACCUUCAUCUCCUUCAAGGCGGUGGUGCAAUCAGCGAUCUGCCGGAAUCAGUCACCGCUUUCGGCUGCCGUGAUUGGGACUUUGCCUGCGUCAUCACUGGCGUCUGGCCGCGCGAGCAAGACGGAUCCCAAGUUGCUCGGGCCGCCGUAGAGUGGGUCUACGCCGUUGCCGGGACUCUCUUGCCGCUUAGCACCGGAGCUUACGGUGCCGACCUCGGGCCUGAUCCCCGAGACGCAGCACUGGCAGCCAGAGCUUUCGGACCAAAUCGCCCUCGUCUAGCCCACCUCAAACGUGUCGCGGACCCGCGUCACAUACUUGCAUAUGCCUGCCCCCUCCCAAGAGAGCCGAUGGAACCAGGCCUUAUCAUCUUGGUGACUGGGGACAACUGUGCGGGCAAAGAUUCCUGCGCUGAGAUCUGGACUGAUGAAUUCAAUAAACAUGGCAAGACUGCGCGUGUUGUUAGCAUCAGCGAUGCAAUCAAGCGGCAAUUCGCCGCGGCUACGGGCGCGGACUUGGGACGAAUGCUCAGUGAGCGAGAGUACAAGGAGAGGCAUCGGCCGGCUUUGACAGCGUUCUUCAAUGAACGUGUGCAGGAACGACCUCAGCUUCCAGUUGAGAACUUUCUAGACGUUGUUUACGGCGCUGUUGGCGUGGAUGUGCUGCUCAUCACAGGCAUGAGAGAUCAGGCGCCGGUCACAACUUUGGGCCACCUGGUGCCCAACAGCAGGCUUGUCGAUGUCCGCGUCAAACCCGGACUAAUUAUCAAACAACUUCGGCAAAGAUUCAGCACUGGCAUAGAAGAUUACAAUGGCUCUCAAGAGGAACCUGGCAAGCUGACUGCUGAGCUGCUGCCGGCAAGGGGUGACUGCGACUACAGGCCCAGCUUGUCUUUCUAUAAUGACACCGCGGGAGAUGACGCUCCAAGAGCCUUCGCAGGAAAAAGUCUGCUUCCUUUCAUAAGUGCAGACUUGAGGCGGCUCAACGAUAUGGUGCGCAUCAUACCAGACUUUCCACGUCCAGGCAUCGAAUUCCGCCAUAUCCUUAACAUCGCCCAGAUGCCGGGUGGCUUGGCUUUAAGUACGUCUCUUCUACAGUCUCACUUCACGGGAGCCUGGUCAAAAGUCGACGCCAUCGUCAGCUGCGAGGCAGGCGGCUUCAUCUUUGCGUCAGCAUUGGCGUUGCAGGUUGGUCUGCCGUUAGUCUCGAUCCGAGAGGCUGGCAAGCUGCCGCCACCUGUUGUUUCUAUUGCCAAGCCUGUGUCUCACAUCUCAUCGGGGGUGAACGGGGUAGAGGGAAGAAGACUUGAGUUGGAUCGAGAUGCGAUUCGGAGCGAGGCGUCAGUUGUGGUUGUAGAUGACGUGUUCGCGUCGGGGGAAACGAUGUGUGCGAUCUUGGAGCUGUUGAAGGAAGUAGGUCUUGGGGCUGAGCAGAUCAGUGUGAUGACUGUGGCUGAGUUUCCAUGUCAUCGCGGUAGACAAGUGUUACGCACUCGUGGGUUCGGUCGAGUUAGUUUCCGGAGCCUUUUGGUUUAUGGAGGGCCCUGA